AUUUCCAAAAAACAUAUUUACUUUGCACUUAAAUGGUGUUUGUACAUCUUACUGGGUUUGUGUCUUGCUCUGGCAAUUGUAACCAUACUAAUGGCUUGUUUAAAUAUGAAAAGGGCUGAAACAUCAAACGACAAUUCUAACUUGAGAUUGGAAAGUAGAAUGUUAGAAAUAGGGGAACCGAAAUAUAUCUCAAGAAAGGGUUGCCAAGUUGUUAACUGCACCAUCAGAUGCUUAAGUUCGAAAAAAAUCUACGACGAAGUUUUCCAGGUUCUUCAAUCUACCGAAUGUGAAGAAAAUAUUAUUCUUCAAUUGGAUCAUCAACAUUUUCCGAAUUUCGUUUUAUCAAACAGAUGGAAAUCAGCUAGUAAAAUGAUUAAGUCUCUUGUCAUACGAAAUAGUGAAUUCAGCCAUAUUCGAAAUGAAGCUUUCAAUUCAAUUGACUUUACUGGAACUCAAACACUCACUCUGUUGGGUGUCAAAUUGGAUACACUUGGUAAUGGAGUUCUUUUAGGCUUUGCAAGACUUCAGUCUAUUCACAUGGAAGGAAAAGUACGCAAUGUUGAUAGGUGUUUUUUCCAACCUGUGCAGUCAUUUCUAAUGCGUUUGACACUCAAGGCCGAUCUGACAAUUUCAGGGAAGGAUAAUAUUUUCGGCAUAAGUUUCAUGUCUAACCUGCAUGCCUUGGAUCUCAGUGAAAAUACUAUCACAGGAUCUCUAGCAAGGACUUUUUUCAUCGGUGUGCCUCAUUUAAGAUAUUUGAUUCUAUCAGAUUCGGAGAUAUCCUCCAUUGAAAUCGACGCUUUUGAUGACAUAGCUGCUAGUCUCACUAUGUUGGACUUGAGUAAUAAUCGUUUGAAGACUCUUGAUAUCAGAUGUAUGGAACAGCUGGUAACAAUUGGUUCUGCUAGAAUAUAUCUCUUAGGCAAUGAAUGGCUUUGUGAAUGCCAUUUAAGACCUUUAGUAACCUUGUACGAAGAUUAUCCAAAUAGUUUCGGAGAUAUUCCUUACUGCAAGGGUCCACGUGCUCUGUAUGGAGCAUAUUUGACAAAUUUGAAAUUCGACAAAAAUUGCAAAAUUCUUAAUGAUACCGAUAAAGGACUCAUGGCCACACCAAUUGAGUACUACAAAACUGAUUCAAUUAUAGCCUCAAGCUCAAGUACUGAAGCCACUAUUGUUGUAGACCCUGCGUAUUCAUUUAAAAUGGCAUGUCUGUCAAUAAUAGGCUUAGCCGACACUACAGAACCCUCUACUGAAGGGGAUCCAGUAGAGUAUUUUCUAUUUGCGCCACCAUGUCAUGAUUUCGAAUUAAUUCUUUUGCAAAAUAAUUCCGUUCAAGUGGUUGUCGAAUAUGCUGAUGAACCAAUCAAUAUCAUUUGGUUCAGUGAAGCCUUGGAGAACUUUGUUCAUACGGUCAAUGACAUCACUAUCGAUUAUAAUUGUGAAAUGUACUCGGAUCCGUUUCUUCUGGCUGAGAAUCUGGUAGAAAACUGCACUUACACAUUUUGUCUGAUUCCCAGUGGGUAUUUUUCAAUUACUCCUUUUAAUUGUUUGCCACUUCAUGUGCCCUCGAAAAUUAAGACGGUGCCUGACAUUUGGAUCUCGCAUGACGAAAAGGAUCUUACUCUUGGAAUAGUGUCGCUGAUUCUUAUGUGUUCUUUAUUAUUGGGUGGAGUUAUUGCUUACUUUGGAAUUAAAGCCUAUCCGGAUAUACUUGAAGGCACUAAUCAUGUUCUAGUGGUCAAGAAGUCCAAAAAAGCUGCUUGCUAUGUGUCAACAAUCACUGAGAGCGAAUACAUAAUCCAAAAGGAUAGUUUGAAAAAGAAGAACUCUUCAAAUCGUGAUUCAUCUAUUCCACUACCAGUGUCCUUGUACAACGACAUUGAAGGACCCAGACAAGAAUCUGUGCGAGAAGACUAUUACGAAAUGCCUUGUAUCUAUAAUCAAACUCAUGAUUGCCAACAAAAGUGUUUGGGUAACAAUAAGUGUGUGAUUAGUCCUUCGUCGCCACCACCUUUACCGAAACGUAACAAUUCAGAUAGUACUUUGUAUGGUUCAGCUAGUGAACUUAUUUGUGAUGUUCCAUAUCCAAAACUGAGUCUAUAAAUUUAU